GAUCACACAACAAUAAUGAAUGGAAACACGUCGUAGCCAAGAAAGUUGAGCAGCAUCUAAAAGUAACUGUUUGUCGGCAUUUCAAAGUUUUCUCUCGUGAGGGGAAAUCUGCUGAGCGUAAUGGAUUGGCAUGGUACGUUAGAAACGACUUUCUGGAAGAGAAAGCAGCUGCUCUUUUAUUGUUAUUUUUGAAAGUAGAUUUUGAAGGGAAACUACAGUGGAAAACACUGUACAGGCUACCUAAACGUAACUUCGUAAUUGUAAAUGGCAUUUUGGGAUAUUGAAACGAGACUUUUUUUCUGCCUGGUGUUUUUCUCGAUUUGGAGAAGUGGACAGUUUGGAUUCAUCCGUUCAUAAACCUGUUGGGAGUACUAGAGAGAGUUUUGAUUGUCCGACUUGGAUUAUCAUCUGUGAAAGGCGCCGGAGGAUUUACGACGUUCACUGGGGAGGAUAACAGCACAUCUGGGACAAAAUGGGCAAUAUAGAAAGUGUGGACGGCCAGUCGGACAUGAAGCAUCAUAUUAUGCCUCUGAAGGUGCCCAUGCCUGACCCCACCGAGCUGGAGGAAAAGUUUGCAAUUGUGUUGAAUUCUAUGAACCUGCCUCCAGACAAAGCCCGGCUCCUCAGACAGUACGACAAUGAAAAGAAGUGGGACCUGAUCUGCGACCAGGAGAGAUUUCAGGUGAAGAAUCCACCUCACACCUACAUCCAGAAGCUACGAGGAUACCUAGACCCCGGAGUCACAAGAAAGAAGUUUCGCAGGCGGGUUCAGGAGUCUACCAAAGUCUUAAGGGAGCUGGAGAUCUCUCUGCGGACGAACCACAUUGGGUGGGUCAGGGAGUUCCUCAAUGAUGAGAACCGAGGCCUUGACAUCCUGGUGGAGUAUCUCUCCUUUGCCCAGUGUGCUGUUAUGUUGGAUUUUGAGGGGCUGGAGAAUGGGGAGGAUGGCUACUUGGACAAGGCUAAGUCUUGGAGCAGGUCCAUAGAGGAUCUGCACCAAAUGGGCACGCACCCCUUCUGCAACACACUGGUGCGCUCGGCCCGCCAGUCAGUCCUCCGCUAUGGAACCAUUUCCAACAGCAAAACCAUCAAAAACUCCCGCCUCGUGAGCCAAAAAGAUGAUGUGCAUGUGUGCAUCAUGUGCUUGAGAGCGAUCAUGAACUAUCAGUAUGGCUUCAAUAUGGUCAUGUCUCACGCACACGCAGUCAAUGAAAUUGCUCUCAGCUUGAACAAUAAGAACUCACGGACAAAAGCGUUGGUCCUGGAGCUGCUGGCUGCCGUCUGUCUCGUCCGAGGAGGUCACGAGAUCAUCCUCUCAGCAUUUGACAACUUCAAAGAGGUGUGUAAAGAGAAGCAUCGCUUUGAAAGGCUGAUGGAAUACUUCCGCUGUGAGGAGGGAAACAUUGACUACAUGGUUGCUUGCAUGCAGUUCAUCAAUAUUGUGGUCCAUUCAGUGGAGGACAUGAACUUCAGGGUCCACCUGCAGUAUGAAUUCACUAAGCUAGGACUGGAUGAUUACCUGGAGAAAUGCAAACAUACAGAGAGUGACAAGCUGUCGGUGCAGAUCCAGGCCUACCUGGAUAACGUUUUUGACGUGGGUGGUCUGCUUGAGGAUGCGGAGACGAAGAAUGCGGCCCUGGAGAAAGUGGAGGAACUGGAGGAGCACCUGUCCCAUGUGACAGAGAAGCUGCUGGAGGUUGAGAAUGAAACAAUGAUGAAGGUGGCUGAUCUGGAGAAGAUAGUGCUUCAGAAAGACAAGGACCUGCACGUGAUACGGGAGACAUAUGAGUCGACCAACACCCAGGUCAACACCCUAAGGAGGAUGAUGAAAGAGAAGGAUGCAGCCUAUCAGAGACACUCCAACAUCGAGAGGCGGCUGCUGGAGCUCGAGCAGCAGGGCACCAUCCGUCUGCACAAGAAGCCUGACGGAGACAUCACCAUCGAGACGCUGGGUGUCGGAGGUGUGGGUAGAGUGGGGAGUAGCGGUCCUGGCAUCCCUUUGGGAGACAUUGGGCAGCUGUCCUUGGGUUCAAUGAUUGGUUUAACAGACCCAGGAGGAGCAGACACCAGUUUACCACCAGCGAGUGAAGCUCCUCCUCCUCCUCCUCCACCUCCCCCGCCUGCGCCUCCUCUCCCCUCUGCCUCAGGUCUAGGUGCACCAGUCCCUCCACCACCACCACCACCACCUCUCGCCCCCCCUCUGCCAGGCACUUCUCCCUCUGUUAUCCUUAGUGUGGGUCUCUCAGCUAUCAGAAUCAAGAAGCCUAUAAAGACCAAGUUCCGCCUGCCUGUGUUUAACUGGACGGCCUUGAAGCCCAAUCAGAUCAACGGCACAGUGUUCAAUGAGAUUGAUGAUGACCGUGUGCUAGAGGAGCUUGACCUGGAGAAGUUUGAGGAGCUGUUUAAGACCAGAGCCCAGGGUCCGAUUGUGGAGUUCUCCUGCACAAAGAGCAAAGUAGCACAGAAGGCUGUGAACAAAGUCACACUUCUGGAUGCCAAUCGCUCCAAGAACUUAGCCAUCACACUACGCAAGGCUAACAAGACCACAGAGGAAAUCUGCAAAGCAAUAGAGAAGUUUGACCUGAAGGCCUUACCUGUGGACUUUGUGGAGUGCCUGAUGCGUUUCCUGCCCACCGAGGCGGAGGGGAAGAUGUUCCGUCAGUACGAACGCGAGCGGCGUCCACUGGACCAGCUCGCGGAGGAAGAUCGCUUCAUGUUACUCUUCAGCAAGAUCGAGAGGCUCACGCAGAGAAUGAACAUCAUCACCUUUGUUGGGAACUUUUCUGACAAUGUCAGCAUGCUCACACCACAGCUAAACGCAGUCAUCGCUGCUUCUGGAUCAGUGAAAUCCUCUCCAAAGUUGAAAAAAAUGCUUGAGAUCAUUCUAGCCUUGGGGAACUACAUGAACAGCAGCAAGCGAGGCUGUGUUUAUGGCUUUAAAUUACAAAGUCUUGAUCUGCUGCUGGACACUAAGUCUACAGACAGGAAGAUGACAUUGCUCCACUACAUAGCCCUUAUUUUGAAAGAGAAGUACCAUGAACUGGCCAACUUCUACAACGAGCUGCACUUUGUUGAUAAAGCUGCUGCAGUAUCUCUGGAAAAUGUGCUGCUGGAUGUUCGAGAGCUCGGGAAAGGCAUGGACCUGAUCCGCAGAGAGUGUAGUCUCCAUGAUCACUCUGUCCUGAAAGGCUUCGUCCAGGCCAGUGACUCGGCGCUGGACAAGCUGCAGAAGGACGCCAAGUCUGCAGAGGAAGCCUUCAACAAUGUGGUGAACUAUUUCGGAGAGAGCGCCAAGACGACGCCACCCUCGGUGUUCUUCCCUGUGUUUGUGCGCUUCAUAAAGGCCUACAAGGACGCAGUGGAGCAAAACGAACAGAGGAAAAAGCAGGAGCAAGCAAUGAGAGAGAAGUUGCUGGCUCAGGAAGCUAAACAGCAUGACCCCAAGGUCCAGGCCCAGAAGAAGAGGCACCAGCAGCAGGAGCUGAUCGCAGAGUUGCGCAAACGUCAAGCCAAAGACCACCGGCCUGUGUACGAGGGCAAGGACGGCACUAUUGAAGACAUCAUCACAGUCCUGAAGAGCGUGCCCUUCACAGCCCGCACUGCUAAACGCGGCUCACGGUUCUUCUGUGAAGCCAACCUCUGUGACGACGCCAACUGCUAGCCCUCCCCUCCCUCUAAUGCCAAGAUCUCCGAAACCAGCCUUUCCUGCGAGCUGACGCGUUGAUCCGGAGCGGUUGGAAGAGACCCUAAACUACUUAUCUGUCACUUAUACAAUCCCCCCUCCCUCCAGUAUAACCCUCCUCCCUGUGUCGCCACAGUCUGUCUGAACCCUGAGGCUGCAGAUGAAAAAGACAGAAAAUAGGGACAGGACAGAGCCCUUGUGUUAGAGGGGGUAAUUUAUUUAUUUAUGGAGGCCUUUUACAGCCACUUUAAGUGAGCAGACAUCAUUACAGAAGCACAGUGGGUUUCUCCCGAAUCUCUGCAAUCACAAGACUUUCCCUGCUCUGUCAGUCGGUGGAACAAGAGAGAGCAGGCGGGGCGAGUCGAGGAGUGGAGGACUACAGCGCAGGAAGAGUGGGGGCUUUCUCUAGCAGGUGCUUUCCUAAAUGUGGAUUUGAUUCCCAGGAUCAUUUAAGUCUUCAGAUUUUGAAGUGGAGGCGGCCGAGGGAAGAUGCCGACUCUGCUGCUGGAAUGUUUGCCUUGAAGACGACUGCAAAACUGUCAGUCUGUUAACAGAGAAGCUUCAAUAUUGUUGCAAGACAUUUUGGGACAUUUCAAUCAAAAGUUUAAACUGUUUUAUCUUGAUUUAGCAUGAAUCAAUGGGAUACAAAUCAUUCAGUCAACUUCUUUAUGGACCAGCUAGCCAAACCAAAAUUUCUCAAAUGCCUCAUGUUUUGCUUAAAAAGUGCCUUUUUCUGUAUAAACAGUGUUAAUUCAUGUGAGUCAGCCAUACCUUGAUUAUUUUACAACUUUCAUUUGUUACAAGAUCAUAUUUUUGUCUCCUCGUACUAUAACAUUAGCCUUAUAAUACUGACAAUAUGCAAGGGUAUCCAGCUUUGAUACAACAAAGAGAAGGUAGGAGGAUUAAGAAUGUUUGUUUAACUCUUAUUGACCUCUUUUUUUAAAUCAUUGAAACUGGCAUUUCUUUGUGCCUUCUGUAAGUGGUCUUUAAAAAUGCAAUGUUUUAUACCUUGACAACACUUCCUGUCACACUGUAAGUGACAUUCAGGAAGUGACAAAUGUAUAAAUUCCUCAUGGGCUGCUGUUGAAGACAUUUACCUGCUAUAAGAUGAAGGACUUUUCUGUUCUAUGAGGACUUGUGUUUUGAGCUUCUCUCUUUUUUGAUUCUCCUGUUUUAAUAGAGAUGAUACUUUUUCCUCCUAACAGCUGUUGAAAGUUGAGCGGGCACAAAGGGAGCGACACAUCUUUACACUACUUAAUUUGGCGUAACAUUGUAUGAGACACUAGUCUUCCAAGUGUACAUUUAUAUGAAUGUACAUUCAAGUCAUAAAAUGUACGUUUUGGAAGAAAUGAUCCAUGAUAUUGUCUAUUGACUGAGAGAUGACACUUAUGUUUAAUAAAGAAGAUGAGUUAUGUAACUGCAA